AUGUCUUCAGUUUUGUCCAACUAUACAGAACUUCAGGAACUUUUUCUAAAUAUUUCAAGAAAUGACAAUUCAGACACUGGGGCCAAAGCAAAUGGCUUUUGGAUUAAUAUGCAGAGAUAUGAUUUCUUUUUCAUGUUAUCACUUUUGGUAAAAUUGUUUGGUCACAUUGAUACCGUAAACAUAGCACUACAGAGGAAAUCCCUACACUUAGAGGAGGCCAAUAAGAUGAUUUCCACUCUUGUAACUUCUAUUACAUUUAUGAGAAACAAUUUGGAAUCAUUCUGGGGUGAAGUAACUUCAAAAUGUCAAGAUAUGGAUGUUGAUUUCCCAAAAUUACCCCGUAGAAGAAAAGUCCCUAAGAAAUAUGAUGACUCCAUCAAUUCAACUGUAGAAACAUUCACAGAAGUAUGUGACAAAUAUAGAAGAUUGUAUUAUAAAACAAUGGAUACAUCCAUCAGCUUCUUGGAAUCACAGUUCAAAACUCAAUCAUUCAUGUUUGUAAAUCAACCUGAACAAUUUCUUCUUGAGGCUGAUUAUUUUCCCCGAAGUGCAGCUUUCAAGUUGGGCAGCAAUGGCCAGAGAUCAAGUUGUCUGAGCUUUCAUGAUACACUGUUGCACAGAUCUGACAUUGAGCUAUUAACAGGUCCAUACUGGUUAAAUGAUACACUUAUAAGUUUUCAUUUGAAUACUUACAAGGGUGUUAUUCAUGAAUCAAAAAGAUUAUUAUUCAUUGGACCAGAAGUAACACAAUGUCUAAAGGUAUCACCAUUUGAGGAAAUAAAUGUGUUUUUGGACCCACUAAAUGCAAAAGAAUAUAAAUAUAUUUUCCUUGCAUUGAAUGAUUCUGACAUAGUUGAGACAACUGGUGGUACCCACUGGAGUUUGCUAGUUUACUGCAAGCUGGAAGAUACAUUUUUCCAUUUUGAUUCUUCUUCUGGCUUUAAUAAUCAUCAUGCAAAAGUAUUGGCAGAUGGACUUUCAAAGUAUUUCUCUCCAAUUGCUAAAUCUGUCUUUAUUGAAGCACCAUCUCUCCAACAGACCAAUUCUUAUGACUGUGGGGUUCAUUUACUGUGUAAUGUCGAUCACAUUAUAGGGGUGUCUAAACAAUGUAAGAGCUUAAGAGACAUUGGUUUAGUAAACAGAAUGAUUGUAAAUACAAAGAGAAUGGAAAUUUUGGGCUUGAUUGAAACUCUUUCAGAAAGAGUGAAUAAAAAUCUUAUGUACAUUGUGUGUAUAUUAUCUGAUUUAUUGUACCCGUUGUAUACCAUGCAUGGAAUUGUACAUUAAGAAAAACCUGCACAU